UUUGUGUUUUAACUAUUCAUACAAGUCAACCCACUGGUAAUAACUCGAAAAUUUCCAGUAUCAACAUGGCCCAAUCGAAUGCAAACAAUUUGGUCGAGUACAAGGCCGGCCGCAUGGUCCUUCAAGGCAAGAUAGUCGAGCCCGAUGACCGCAAAGGCCUGCUCUUCGUGCGCCGAUCCGCCGCUGAUAACCAGCUGCACAUCCAUUGGAUGGAUCGGCGAUCCGGGUCCGUUGAGCUGGAUAUUGUUGCCACGCCGGGCGUUCUCGAGUUCCGUCGCAUUGAACAGUGCAAAACAGGUCGGGUGUAUGUGCUCAAGUACACACGAUCGCCGCAGCGUUACUUCUUCUGGAUGCAGGAGCUGCAGGCGGACGGGGAUGCGUUAUUCUGUCAGCGGGUCAACGAACUGAUUGCCAGUGGUGAACGCCAAAGGGAUGAGAUUGCGGCGGCCGAGGGAGAUAUGGAUACGGAUGUGGAACACAAGGCACAAAGCCGCGGUUUCGGUGGCAGUGAGAAUCCUCAAGUUCUGGAAGAGAUGCUUAUCGAAACGCAAGCAACUUGGCUGCCAGCUAACCAGAGGUCGAAUCAAUGGCAAACUGAUAUGGUGAUCGAAGAACAGCCCUCGGCAUUAGCCGAUCCCGAUUCAGAUUCGGAUACGGAUACAGAUACAAAUACUUCAGAUCCAGGUGUACAUUCAUUUGACUUGGCAACUGUUUUACGCCAACAUGGCGGCGAAGCAGUGGAUAAACUUCUAAGUUGCCCAUUGAGACGUAAAAAACUGAUGGCCCAAUUGCCCAAAGAUCAUGAGGCGAUGGAUGAGCAGCAAGACAUACUCGAGCAUCUGCGUUCGCCGCAAUUCUACGAGUCCUUGUCCUGUUUUUCCUUAGGACUGCAUUCUGGUCUCCUCAGAAAGAGCCUGGAGCCUCUGUUGAAGAAUGAUGUCAAUCGCGAGGCCCUGGACGCCGCUCAAGUUGGGGAUGUUGACCGUUUUCUACGUGAACUGGAACGAACCAAUAGGGAUGAUGGUGGGCCAACCGAUUGAACCGAAAGGUUCUCGUAAAUAUGUCGAAAUAUGAAUAAAUAAAUAUGGCGCACAGUACUGAUGAGUAAAUAAAUAGAGGAAGGGCGUACAAAAUGCAAUAACUGCUUGAUUCCUGGGCCGUUGCUUCGUCUUCUCGAGUUACGAAGAUAAAUGAGAUGCCAUAAGUUAGACGACAACUUGCACAACUCCAGACAAAGACCAAGCGGAUAAAAGUGUGCUUGUGCCCAGGGAAAAAGUAGCAAAAAAAGAAAAGACAAAAUGAAUAGGGGAACACUAAAAAUUGAUAUAAAAUACACAGAAAAAGAAGCAAGGCAGCGAUGAAAACAAAAGAAGGAAAUUUCUCAAAUAAGAAAAUAGUUGUAAACUAUGGGGAGUACUUAGGAUCGGGUUAGUGUGGCUGUGGGGUUCCAGUGUUUCACUUCUUUGCCAGUUUAAGAGUCCUCGGUCCUGCGACAGCAGUUUUCUUUGCCUCAUUUGUAUGGCGCCUGUCCUGUCCAAUGCCGUCCUGCCACCAACCCUCUGCUCCUUCGGCCCAUGCUUGCCAAAAACUUUUUCCACGUUGUUUUAAUGAAACUAAGUGAGCGGCAAAAUGGUGGACAGGACAGCGGGACAGUGUAGGGAAUUGUGCUAUGGGUUUUCGGGCCAGAUAAAGCAUUCGAAAAUGCUGGGCUGGCAACAGUUUUAUCCUUUUUUUUUUGCCGUGGAAGAAAGGAAAACUUAAGAAAGUUAUUGCAUUGUGUCAGAGUUUGGACAAUGGUGCACGAUGGCGGUGGAAAAAUUGAAAAAAAAAAAAAAAUACGAAGAGAAAAUAGUGACAGAGAAAAAGCAAAUUUGACGAUUAGUUUUUGCCACAUUCUGCAUUAGUCAUUACAGAGUGUGACCAGCGUGUUUUACGUUAGUGAGGCUGCACUUCGUUUCUUACAUACCUAACCGCACGUUAAAGGCAUUUAACUUUAAAUCCUUCAUAAAUACGUUAGUAACACUAUUGAUUCAAUUAGGCAAACGUAAUUGCCUUGCAUUUAAAACGUGCCACUUGUGCCAACUCGCUUGACUUCUAUGAUACUUUCCACGAAUUUCUCGCAUUUAACCAACUAAAACUAAUAAUGCUCCCCCCUUUCACGCUCCCUUGUGGGACCGACAUAAAACUUAAUGGUAAAUGGCGUUGCAGAGAAUUGCCAUAAAAAUUACUUAAACCGAACAAGCAGCUUAAAUAUGCCGCUUAUUGAUGUUCUCCACAACGAAGCAAAUGCAAUAAUAGUUAAGAGAAAAGGGGGGAGUGUGCAACAUGGGGCACUAGCUGGCUCUUUAGCCGCUUUUCCAGCUCUCAGCUCCCAAACUCCAUUUCCAUUUCCAUUUCCAUUCACAUUGCCCCAUGUCCUUUGCCACUUUUCCAUCUCUCUAGCUCUCGACGGCUAUGCGUGUUGCAUACUAAUUUCAAAAAUUUGCCAUUACAUUUGUACUUCGCACUGCUCUAUGGCACUACUACAACAUACCACCACUCAUUCCACCUAUUUUCUACACAUUUUCCUGCCCUUCAGCUUGUCGGUUUGCUGCCAUCUUGAAUUACGCAAACACACACACAGCUAGUGUGUGUGUGGUUGUUGCUGUUUUUGGUCCUUGAUAAUCAAGCACACAACUGAAGCUGUAGCUGUAGCUGUAGCUGGAACUGAAACUGAAACUUAAACUAGCAAAGGAGCUAGGGAAACCUGGGGUAAUUCACACACGAAAUUGCCGGAAUUUUUGCUGUAGUCAAAGGUGAAGCCAAAGCAUCUUAGCCACACAUGCAACAAACACACAUCGCAGCAUUUGUUGCUCAAAGUGAAUUUUCAUUCCUGGCUAAAUGUAAAUAAAAGGCUGGCUUCUUUUCUUUUUCAAUUGCCCGACAGGCAAUGGAAAUGCCCAUAGAAUUUGCCACCUGAUGUGGAUUACAUGCAAUUGGUCAAUUAUUUUUGAUGCUUGAAGCAGAGUACGUAGACGAAUUACUAAAUUACAAAUAUUGCCACAAUUUAUCGGUUAUGUUGCUUAAAACAUUUCAACUGAGUUUGUGACUGCAGAAAUAUACCUUUUUGAAGCCCAAAUAAGUACGUAUUAAGUAUCAUUAAGCAAGUAGACCAGAGUGAAACCUUUGGAAACUAGUUUUGUUGCCUUCGGCUUUAUAUCACUUUGAGCAAUCGCAAAGGCCAAAGGCACUUGAUGAUUAUGAAGAUGGCGAAAUUUGAGGAAUUUCUGUGCUGUUUCAAUGGGAUUUCUAAUGAGAAUCUCUUUGACGCGCCCGGAGGCAAAGUCAAAAACUUAAGGCACGUGUCAUAAUUGUCAAUGCCACAACGCUUAUACAUAAAUAUACAUGUAUGUAUAUGUACAUAUUUAUAAGUGUGUGAUGUAUGGCGUAUGCUGCGGCAAACGGAAGUCACACAGAUAGAAGUCACACAGAAAAUGGCAGACAAAUGGCAGAGGCAGUCGACAUUGAGCAAACAUUGUCGCAUUAAGGAAACGCACUGGCCUCAAGCAUAUCCUUACCAGAAAACACUCAUUGGUAGGUGGUCAAACAUUUCCUCUGGCCUCCGUUCUGCCCGAAAAUGUUGCCCUUGAAACGUAGAGAUGGCAAAGCAUCGAUGUGUUAUCGAUAAUUUCGAUAACAAUUUACAAUUCGUCUGCAGCCAUCCAAAAUAAAGUGCUUUCAAUUCGCCAGCGUAAGAUGAGAACUCAUUCUAUUGAUGAUGUAUCCAUCGAUUUCCGGCCAUCUCUACCGCAAAAGUGUGUAAUAAAAAAAUGUCGAAAGGGCAGGGAGAGGAAGCCAAAUGGCCAGCGACAGUCACCCAGCUUUUCCGCUCCUCGCAAUUCUAGCGGAUACUGGCCUAGUUCGCAUUGAAGCCGCAGUCCAUGAGACAAUAACUCAUGGAGUGCGGCGAGGGCCCGACCGGAACCCGAAUAAAAAUCAAAUAAUAGCGUAAAAGCUCUCUCCCCUUAAAAAUAAAAAAAAAAAAAAACCAAGCACAUGCGAUGGCAGAAAUCGGAGGAAACUGGGGAAGGGACCGCCGCCUGUCCAAGGGACAACAAUAAAAUGUCGCCGUCGAGCUUUGAGCGCGUCGCCAAACCAGAAAGAAAACUUGCAGAAAGCAAUGAAUAAAUUUUCCAACUGAAGCUGCAAAAACUUUCUUGUCGCAGCCAAAAAAGCCGAAUUAAAUACUAGCAGUAGGUGUGUACGCCUCGAAUGCAAGUGGAAACUAAACUAGUGUUGAAUUUCAUUGAAUUAUUUUUAUUGAUGUUGCAAAAAAUAGUUAUAGUUUUUGUUUUUAUAUACAUACUCG